UCAACAUGCACCUCCAAUUUCAAUAUAAUACUACUAAACAAAUUCAAUGUUAUAUUAUAUUCUAUUGACUAUUAAAUACUCUUACUUAUUCGCCUAUAUAACCACACAUACCUUCACCUUUCCGCACUCAAACCAAAACCUCUAUCAAUAAGCAACUAUUACAAUACAGAAACCUCUAAUUUCUUCUCUCUCUAGAUUAAAAGAAAUUAAACCUAAUUAAUUUAAUUGAUCGCGAUGGGAAAUUACGUUUCAUGCACUUUAGCUCCACCAUUGAUGAAGAACGCAAAAGCCACAAGAGUAAUCCUACCAACAGGAGAAGUGAAACAAUUCAGGGAAAUCAUGAAAGCUGCAGAACUCAUGUUAGAGAAUCCAAGCUUUUUCUUAGUCAAUUCUCGAUCUCUUCACAUUUCUCGAAGAUUCUCACCUCUCGUUGCCGACGAAGAAUUGGAAUUUGGUAACGUUUACAUUUUUUUCCCUAUGAGAAGACUCAACUCUGUUGUUACGGCAGCGGACAUGGCGGUGCUGUUUUUGGCGGCGAAUUCUGCGGCUAAACGGUUAUCUAACGGAAAGACACGUGUCCAACCGGAUAACGGCGAAGUAGUAAAGGUUGCGAAUGAAAACGACUGCGUUCCGAGGUUGAGUUUGGAAGGAGUAGAAUCAGGGUUUAGUUAUAGGUUAAGUUAUUGUAGAUCGAAGAAACCUAUUUUGGAGACUAUAAAUGAGGAACCAAUUAGAUCAAGAUGAACAAAUUAAUUAAUUAAUUAAUUAUAUUGUGCUGUGAUAGAUCUUUGGUGAUGAUAAUAGAAUUCUUUAUAAAAAAAAGAUUAUAGGUUAGAUAGAGAUUUGGUUGAUUCAUACAAUACAGCGCUUCCAAAAAUUAUAUGAAGGGGGUAGAUGUGGCUAGCUAUGUAGUAGUACUAUCAAAUUAAUUUGAUCUGUACAAAAUUCAUUACUACUGGUAUAUUCAUUUGUUGACCGAAUAAGUUUGCAUGAUAUUUCACUGACAACACACAAUGAGAUUCAUAUAUUUAAUCAGAUGAAUAUAUACUUUUCUUAAAAAUG